UUUGUCUUUUCAAGCAAGUUAGCUAGCAGCCGGCGGUGUGUAAUUUGUCAGUCAGCAAACACUGGAGUUUACAAUUCAGUUUUUUUUUCCCCCCCGCAUUUGACGAGAAUCAACUUAACCAAGAUAGGCGGCUUGGGAGCCAAGAUGUCAAAUCGAGUGGUGUGCAGAGAAGCAAGUCACGCCGGGAGUUGGUACUCAGCUUCGGGAUCUCAGCUGAAUGCACAACUAGAGGAAUGGCUGUCUCAUGCACAGUCCACAAUCAGACCUGCUAGAGCCAUCAUAGCACCCCAUGCCGGGUAUACCUACUGUGGUGCUUGUGCAGCACACGCUUACAAGCAGGUGGAUCCCUCUGUUACUCGUAGGGUGUUCAUUCUGGGACCUUCACACCAUGUGCCCCUCUCCCGCUGUGCCCUGUCGCCUGCAGAGAUCUAUAGAACGCCCCUCUAUGACCUGAGAAUCGACCAGAAGGUUUACGCAGACCUCUGGAAGACUGGGUUGUUUGAGAGAAUGAGCCUGCAGACGGAUGAAGAUGAGCACAGUAUUGAAAUGCACUUGCCUUACACUGCUAAAGCCAUGGAGAGCCACAAAGAUGACUUCAGCAUUGUUCCUGUGCUUGUGGGCGCUCUGAGUGAGUCUAAGGAGCAGGAAUACGGGAGGCUGCUCAGCAAAUACCUGGCCGACCCUUCCAACCUUUUCAUAAUCUCUUCUGAUUUCUGCCACUGGGGUCAGCGUUUUCGCUACACAUACUAUGAUGAAUCUCAAGGAGAGAUCUACAGGUCUAUUGAGCAUCUUGACAAAAUGGGGAUGAGCAUUAUAGAGCAACUGGAUUCAAUUUCUUUCACAAACUACUUGAAGAAGUAUCGUAAUACUAUCUGUGGGCGUCACCCAAUUGGAGUGCUGCUAAAUGCUGUGGCCGAGCUUAGGAAGUCUGGUUUAGAAAUGAACUUUUCUUUCCUGAACUACGCCCAGUCGAGUCAGUGCAGGAACUGGCAGGACAGCUCCGUGAGUUACGCUGCUGGAGCGCUCAUCGUUCAUUGAGGUCAACUUCUGCAGGGGCCACUGCAACGCCGCCACCCUGCCAUUACUAUUUUAACGCCAUAACCUUGACCCAUGAUGCCCCAAACCCUCAGUAAUGCCCACUAUUUGCAGGAAAAACUUAGAUAAUUGAAGCCAAUAAAAUGAUUUCCUUUAAGUCCCUCAGCUCUUCUUCACCUUUCUCCACCGGCUCUUAGUUUGAAGUGUCUUCCGAGCUUUUGGUUGCAGUGAAGUUUUACGAGAGAACUGAGGCGAUGGGUCACUUUAGUUUGGAUUGAAGGAAGCCCUGGGAGGAGCUUAUCUUUCAUUUUUGCAUCGUCCCUGUAGAUCCUUUUUCGUUUUCCCAAUAAUAAUGAGGAUUAGAGAUGUUAAAAGAUGAUCUAUUUGGAUUUGGUGUGUUCUUUUGUAACUUGCCCCAGAAGGAAACCAAUUAAAGUUAAACUGCAGAUGUUAUUAGAGAAUAUUCAGAUGUUGCCAGCUAAGGAUGGAGAGCCUUCUGACUGCAUCAAACUGAAUGUUACAGAAACGUUGGAAACCGUGUCGAAGGUAACUGCUACCACUGUUCAGCAUAUGUAGUUGCUUUAAAAAAGGGCUGCAUCCAACAAAGUUUACUUAAACCCUAAUGUGUAAAACCCAAAAAUGAUUAUCAUAGUAUUGGUUUAUUAAAUAAAUUUUAUUCAUAUGUUAA